AUGAGAAAUUCUGCUUCGAAAUUUUUGAUGGAUGUUUAUAAUGAACUGAGUAUUGAAACUGGAAAGGAUGAUAGAAAACACAGGCAUAAACGGUCUAUAGAGAAUGAAAAUUUUAUUACAAAAUUAGAUCGUUACGAAAUAGAGAAUUGUAAUAAUGUUGUAACGUUUAAAAGUGAGUCAUUUGGACAUAAUCAGCCAACGGAUACAAAGUCCCUAAUUAAGUUCAAUAUCCGCGAUGUGCCAUAUGAUUUAGAAUUGCUGCAUUCAACAAUUCGUUUAUAUCAAGAUCCUCAAAUUGGCAAAUAUUCACAACAAACACAGAACACAACAAUUACUAUAUAUCAAAGGCUAUUCAGCGAGCAGAAUCAGAAAUAUGAAUUAGUUUCAAGAACUUCAAUUAACUCAACAACUACUUACAAAGGUUGGCUUGAAUUUAAUAUCACAAAAUUAUUAGAAUAUGCAUUGCAUUACGGAACCCUUCAAGAUGUUAACAAUGAUCAUGAUAUUCUAGUAGGUGUUACUAUUGAAUCAGAAGAAAUUUUUCCGAAUGAUAUUGGCAUUGUCGGUCCAAACGUAUUAUCUGAUUUGCAACCUUUUGUUAUAGGAUUUUUCAAUGGUCGCGAUACACUUUUUGAUAAGAUACAAAAGUUGCGUGUAAAACGUGCUUUACCAAAAACUCGUGCUAGAACAAAUCAUUUUAGUUCAACAAAAAUUAUUUAUGAACUGCCAAAGACUUGCACGAAACUGAACUUUACUGUGGAUUUUGACCAAAUAAAAUUGGGACAUUGGGUAAUCGCACCAAAGAAGUUCGAUGCAUAUUUGUGUGGAGGAGAAUGUAACUUUCCUUUGGGAUCGCAAAUGAAUGCCACUAAUCAUGCCAUAGUACAAACGCUAAUGCACCUUAAAAAACCAAACUUACCAAAGCCCAGAUGUGUCCCAACAGUGUUAGAUUCAAUUUCCAUUUUACAUUACAUCAAUGAAGACAGUUUUAACUUAAGUAAAUAUCCAAGGAGUGUAGUCCGACAAUGCGGUUGUCACUAA